UGCUGGGGAGGAGGCGACUGAGUGCCCGCCGUUCUCUCCGGGAUGCUCCCUUCUCAGGGAAGGCCACCCACCCAGAGAAGUGGAUCACUCGGGACGCAUAGGAACCCCAUCCCCGGGGGCCCAGACCCAGGCCCUGGUCCCUCCCGGCCAGACUGUGGGCGCCCUGCCCGGGCGCUCUCCAACGGACUUCUACUGAUAUCUGCAGAGCCCGCUCAAACGCGCCCUACAGGACGCCUGCCUAGAUAGCCUCCCGGCACUGCCCCCAGUUUGCCUGGCGCUGGAGCAGAGGACAGCGUUGUUAAGGACAGUGACAACUGGGGCAUGGAGGAGGAUGGGCCAGCACAGACCUCUUCUCGGUCUUGGAAUCAGGAAGGCUUCCCGGAGGAGUCCUACCUGGGCCGGGAAGAGCUGCGACAGAGCGCAACCCGGUAUGAGAAGUUCUGGGGACCGCGCCCAUUUCGUAGACGGAAAAACCGCGAGGGCAGGAGCCGCCGGAGGCCGGGGCUGGCCGAGGUUCCCGGACCCCCUCCUCUCCUCUCCCGCACCGCCCGAUGCACUGGCCGCGCACUCCCGGGCUGCGCACUCGCCAGACGAGGGAGGCAAGGCCGAGUUUCACGCCCCCAACCCUCCAAAGCCCUCGCUGCCCACUCCUCGGAAGAUCUUCACCCUCCAGGUCUAGAGCGACCUCGGCCCUGGGUCCUGACAGACCGCUGCCGUCCGGGCCCGCACCGGUGUGGUCCCGGCUCACCGCAGAGCUGCAGCCACAGCAGGACCCGGCCCAGGACGCCCAUCUCGCCUCUGCUCCUUGCACCCGACCAGGAGACUUUGCCCCCACUGGACCCACGUGACCAGGCAGGUCGGGUGGGGGCACCAGGGUCCGUUACACAUUUACCUCCAGACCCGCCCAGGGCCGACUCUUCAGGCCCCUGGGAGGCACCUUCUCAGCCUCCCCUUACCCGCCCCUGCAGGGCCUGAACACCUUAGGUUCUCAGGAAGAAGGGCAAAGAAGAAGGGCUUGGCGAGACUGACCUACCCUGUAAAAUGGGUGUCUUGCCGGGAGGGGGAAUAAACGACCUUUGAAUUCA